AUGCCUAUUGUUGUCAAGGAUUACAGCGUGUCCCAGAAUGAUACUGAGCUGUUUAUAUCUGUUCCUUUAAGCGGAACAAGUGCAUCCAAAGUUGAUGUAUACUGCAACGAUGUAUAUAUCAAGAUCAACUUUCCUCCCUUUUUUUUUGAACUUGAUUUGGAAAGUACUAUCGACUCUCAGGCAUCCAUUGCAAGUGUCGGAAAUGGAAUGGUCGUUUUUACUCUUGUCAAGACUCAUCCUGGGAUUUGGAAUACAAUAAAAUUUCAAGCCGAAUCACCCAAGGCGUUGCGCGAUCGUCGCGCAGCUGGAGAAGAACGAGAAAGACAUUUGGCCAUCAAGAAACGUGAAGAGGCCAUAGCUUUGAAACGAUCAGAGGAGCGAGAUAUGGUUCGUAGACAGAUCGAGGUGGAGAGGGCUAAACGAGAACGUGUUGAAGCAUUGAAACAAGCAGAAAAAAAGGCUGGUGAGAAUGAAGUCAAUUCAUGGGCACAAUCAACUCUUGCUGUUCAACGAGAUCUAAAAAUUCAAGCUACUGUACAUGCCAAGCAGGAAAGUGAGAAGAUGGCUAGUAUUGCAACCAAGAGCGAAAUUGCUUUUCGGGAAGACUCUGCUAUUUUUGGUGUAGAUGAUGUUGCUGUGAAUAUUCAAUCUAGUGAUGAUUUGGAUUCCCAUGACAUUGACGGGGAAUCAGCCGAUGACGAUAUUGAUGUUGAAGCAAUCAGAGCAAAAGUUCGUGCUCAACUCAAAGCUCGAGUACAGCCACCACCUCGAGCAUGUCAAGAUAUUCAAGUUAAAUUUACCCCCCGAGGACAUAUCCCAACCAACACUGCACGAGAAACUGAAGAUGGUAUAUAUAAAAACACCUUCAAGAUUGGACCAACUUUAACUCGUAUUAACCCUUUAUAUCACAACUAUUGCGUAGAAAAAUGGAGGAUUCGUAUCAAACUGGCCGAGGCGUUGCAGAAAUCCAAAACUAAUCAAGCAUGCGAGUCCAAUCAGCAAUCAGAUGACAGCAACUCUGCUUUUCUCAAAGACAAAGGAAUCGAGUUUUUCAAGCAAGGAAAUAUUGAAUCAGCACUCAAUGCAUUUACCGCUGCAAUUGAUCUUGAUCCACUCAGCGCAAAUCUAUAUGCAAACCGUGCUGCUUGUUUUCUACAUCUCUCCAAUGCAACGGAUUGUAUUUCCGACUGUACAAUUGCUCUUGGUCUUAUUUCCAAGGAAGAGGAUCUUUUGAAAGAACAGCUGGUUGAUCCAGUUGCUUAUGAUCAAGAAACUGGUAAUCAAAGGCGCAGAUUAAAGGUAAAACUUUUGGUUCGACGCGGCACUGCGCGAUCAAAUCUGGUUGGCGACAUCAAACGCGGACUAGCCGACUACCAGGACGCAUUAAAACUUGAUCCAGAAAACCCUGACUUGGAGACUGAUAUUGCUGCGUUGAAAGAACGCCUAGGUGACGCAGCCAUAACUAAUGACUAA